AUGGCCUCGCAUCCUCCACCUGCCGCUGCCGUGUCCGCAGGUAGGCCUCCCCCUUCACCCACACAGGCUGCAGCCUGCUUAACUUCACAGCUCAAGCGACCAUCCGCCAGCAUGUGCGCUCUAACUCUCGCUGCAGACGAAAUAGCCCAGUAUGACCGCCAGAUUCGUCUCUGGGGCUUGGCUGCCCAGGCCAAGAUUCAAGACGCCAGCAUCCUCCUCAUCAACAUGCGCGCCCUCGCCAACGAGGUAGCCAAAAACCUCGUCCUCGCCGGCGUCGGCUCCAUCACCCUGCUCGACGGUGCUCUCGUCGCCGAGACGGACCUCGCCGCCCAGUUCCUCCUCUCCGAGCCCGACAAUCCCGUCGGCCAGAAGCGCGCCGAGAUCGCCGGCGACGCCCUUCGAAAGCUCAACCCCCGCGUUCGAGUCCACGUCGACGCCGAGGCCGUCACCGCCAAGGGCCCCAGCUACUUUGCCGCCUUUGACGUCGUCAUCGCCACCGACCUUGACCCCGACACCUUCAACAUCAUCAACACGGCGACGCGCAUCAACGGCAAGUCCUUCUACGCCGCCGGCACCCACGGCCUUUACGGCUUCAUCUUCAGCGACCUCAUCGAGCACGAGUACGUCAUCGAGCGCGACCUCGGCAACGUCGCCACCGAGCUCAAGCAGGAGACCCCCACCCGCUCCGUCAUCCGCGUCCAGACGAGAAAGGACGGGGCCCGGACGAUCGAGUCCGUCACCAAGCGCGAGCUCUAUUCCACCUGGUUCCUCGCCAGCGACCUCGCCGCCCUGCCCGACGAGUAUACCAAGUCGAAACGGCGGCUGCGGGGCGUCACCCCCGCUCUCCCCUGCCUCCGUGCCCUCUGGGUCUUCAUGCAGCGAAAGGCCGGCGCCCUGCCCUCCAACCGCGACGAUCUCAAGCUCUUCACCCAAAUCGCCACGCAGAAGCACAAGGCCCUCGGCCUGCCGAGCGAGUCGCUGCGGCCAGAGUUCCUCCGCAGCUUCCUGCAGAACCUGGGCGGCGAAUUUGCACCCGUCGCCGCCAUCCUCGGCGGCCAGCUCGCCCAGGAUGUCAUCAACGUCCUGGGUCAGACGCAGCAGCCCAUCCAGAACAUGGUCGUCUUCAACGGCGACACCAUGGAGGCCCCCAUGUACGCCCUCCACCCCGACGGAGUCCUCGGCGCCAGUCAGCUGUCGCUAGGAGGUGGUGGGACCGGCCUUGUCCCCAACGGCGCCGAUGCCACCGUCGACGGCCCGGCCGCUGCAUCCGGCAUCCCUGGCCUCGGAGCGCCCGUGGGGCUGGGUGUUUGA